AUGCAGGAGGCUGAGGCAGCGGCGCCAGCAGCGGCAGGCUCGUGGCUCCCGGAGGAGGAAGAGGAGGAGGAGAUCACCGCUGCCAGGCUGCGGGGACUGCCGCGCCAGCUGCCCUGCUCGGCGCUGUCCGCCUUCAGCUACAUCCCACCGCGCCGCCUGGACCCCAAGGAGCACAGCUAUUACUACCGCCAGGGCAAGACAGGAAUCGUCUCACUCUACGACUGUGUUUUCAAUCGGGACCUCGGCUACAACCAGGCUUCACACCGCGACGACCGGCAGCACGCUAAGAACUUGGGGCUGCACGUGCAGGAGGAGGAGCGGGAGCGGCCAGUGGGCGUGCGGACAUCCUCUAUUUAUGGGAAGCGCAUCCACCUACCGGUGGAACCCCUGAACCGCGACCACGGGCGUGCCAACCACGUGCAGGCCGACUUCUACCGCAAGAACAACAUCCCCAGCUUCAAGGAUCCCGGCUUUGGGCACAUCUCCCCAGCCUGAAGCAUGUCGGGGGACCCCGGGGGCCAUGAGGGGCACCUUUGCCUCUCAUGGAGGUCUGGGGGUCACCACAAAGAGGCCCUGGCCCAGGCCCGGGAAGGCCACCUCCCUAGGGUCGAUCAUCAGCAAGCAUGGCACGGGGACAGCUUGUGCCGGUGCAGGGCUGGUGAAGUUGAGCCGCAGCGCGAGAGCAAUAAGGCUCAGGCUGGCAUGCCACAGCUCCAUCCGUACCUUCAGGACAUGGCCCUCUCAGGCGGGACCUGGCCCCUACUCUGGGAGACAGGUGCCCAGCGCAGACUGGACUUGGCAGGUCUCUGACUGCCCAGCUUUCCCUGAUCCUCACUCUGCCCAGGUCUGCAAGAAGGCUGUCGCCCCUUGGGUGCCCUGGACUCUGACUCUGGAUACCACAAUGCUGUCCCCUGCAGCUCAGAGUGGCAAUGAGAGCGUUCUGCCCAAAGAGGGCUGCAGCCCUGGACUCUCCUGGGCCCUCGGAGGCCAGUGGUGCCUCAGGUGACCCACAGUCGACGUGAUACAUGAGCAGCAGGUGCACACGACCCCUCAAGACCCCAACUCCCAGACAGUUGCACACAAACCCACCCUGUCUGCCCGCUGGAAAUGGCUGCUUUGCAGGCUGUUUGAAAACCCUUGGGGUGUGGGGAGGUGGCACGCACUUUGAAUGUA